AUGAGGAGUGAAAUUGCGGAUUUAGUCAGGCAAACGAUCUAUCCAAAACUAGAAGAUCACGGAAUAACAUCAAUGUAUCCCAAUGUUUGCGGAGCACAGAGCAAUGUUUUCUUCAUUGACCAUAGAAAUCCCGAAGAUUCGGCAAAAAGCGAAUUUGCUCUUCAAUCUCAUUCUAACUGGUUUGAAGUUGCAAUGAUCGUCGAAAUGGUAAAG